AUGGGGGCUGGCAUGACACCUCUCGAAGGAGCUACUAGACGCAAAGGUCAGACAUACAACCUGAACGAUAUUCAGAACUUAGCUACUCCAUCGGCAUAUAUCUACCGCAAGCUUGGUUCUAAGUUCAUUCGACUUCCAGAUCUGGAUAAGAAGACACUAACCAUCUGCCAGCCGAAUCGACGAAAAUGUGGUCCGAUGCGAGAGAUCAGCGACUCUCUACAAAGCAUGAUCAAGGAUCUUGUAUUCAAUAACGAAUUGAGUCAAGAUAAGUACGAUAAGCUAUCGAUAGACGAUAAGAAGCUAUUUAAGGAGAUCCUCUCAAUCACACAUCUACAAUAUAACUUCUCGGAGCAGCUAGAGGAUCCGCUCGAAUCUCUUCGCAUGGAGUAUGAUAAGCUUAAGGGAGAGGUAAUGUUAGGCAACGAUAAUCCCUCGAUCUUGAAACAGCUGAAGGUAGUUUGCGUAGAUAUGUACUCGAAUAAGCUAAUUUCCGCUUCUGAGUUCAAAAGCAUUAUAACUCGUCUAUUAUAA